AUGGCCAAUGGCAGAAACAAUUCAGGGUCCAAAACCAAUGACCAAACUUCUGACCAUAACUCACCGUAUUACCUUCAUCCAUCAGAUUACCCAAGGCAAAUGCAUGCGAAUGAUGCAUUGAACGACAGCAACUAUCUCGACUGGAUUCAAGAGAUGGAGAAUUUUUUGUUCGUGAAAAACAAAAUAGGGUUACAUUGUGAUGCUAUGAUUAAAGGAUGGCUGACUACAACCAUGGAAAAGGAAAUUAGGGUUAGCGUGAAGUAUGCUAACACUGCUGAAGAAAUCUGGAAGGAUCUGCGUGAACGAUUCGAAAAUGAGAGCACACUAAAACAUAUGAAUUAA